UCAUUAUCUUUGCUGCAGAGUGAUAAGAGGUAGGGCGUCUCUCUUCCAGCUUAAAAAAGACGCAGUUGUCCCUGUACCCAGUCCAGGAGACGAGCUACACAGCACAUCAUGGCAAAAAGAUUUGCACGUAAAGUCAAGAGGGCUGGCAAGUCCGCUACCCAAUUUCGUUUCACCUCGACAUUUGAGUAUAUCGACUUGACUUGUAACGGGACAUGGCGUCCUGGAAGUUUGAGGGUAAUUUGGCUUAGAAGUCACAGGAGAGUCCAAUCGUCGGAUGUUGAGUUUGUUGUUACUGAGGAUAGAGGGCCUAAUGGUGCUGAUGGUCGUGCUGUUUUUGAUCCACCAAUCUCAGCCUCAUUGAUUGUCACGCUCUACAGAGAUGGCAAGAAGCAGGAGUUUGAGGAAAAGGAAUACAAGUAUUACAUUGAAAACGAGGACAAGAAUGGAAAGAAGAUUCUUGCUUCCUUCAACUGUGACAUGGCAGAGUAUGCAGGGAUACCUUCAGCAAGACAUGCUCUAGAAAUGAAUUUCAAGCCUGUCUCUAGGAAGAUCAGCAAGUCCCUGCUUGGGAUAACAUUAGAGGCCGAGUUCCAGAAGGAGGGAAAAGACACUGAUGACGACAUGCAGAGUACAUUCAGCUCAGUUGAUCCAGCGCAGAGUGUGAUGUAUGCCGACGAUGAAGACGUUGAUGAUGAAGAUCUUGACGAAGCUGCAACACUUGGAAUGAGACCCAAAUCUCCUGAGGAAGAAGAGAAUGAGGAAACUCCAGCAGCGAACGAAGAAAAUGAACCUGGUCCUUUGAGAUCGAUUGUCGUCCUCGGUACGGGCGAGACACGACGACGGAGCCAGUUACGUUUACAACCUCCACCCGUCAAACCACCUCGCUCAGAUAAAAGUAUGGAGAAUCUAUUAGACAUUGAUAAAGGGAAUGAAAUCACUGAUAAACUGGAAACACAAGGUGACGAGGGUAAUAUCUUUGAAGCAGAAAAACCUGAUGAAGAGAAGGAAGGUAAUGAGGAAAUUGUCAAAGAUGGGAAGGAUGAAUUAAUGGAAGGCGGGGCUCCAGAAUCCUCCAAUGGUGGUGUAAUAGAAGAAAGUCAACUCGAGUCAUUGUCAAAUGAUAAUGUAGGGAUGAAAGGGGAAGAGGAGGAAUGUAGCAGCAAGAAGAAGAAGAAAGAAGAAUGUAGUAGCAGCAGCAAAGAAGGAAAGAACGAGGAAGAGUGUAGCAACAGCAAGGAGGCUAAAGAAAUGGAACAAGAAGAGAAGGAGUGUAGCAGCAGCAAGGAGACCAAAGAGAAAGCAAAAGAAGAAGAAUGCAGUAGCAGCAAGGAAGGAAAGAAGAAAGAAGAAGAAUGUAGCAGCAAGAAGGCUGAAGACUUAGAGAAGGCAAAGGAAGGAGAGUGCAGUAGCAGCAAGGAAGAGAGCAAUAAAAAGGAGGAGGGGCCUUGUGGAGCCACGCCCAUUGCCGUAUCAGCACCUCCUACAAAGAGCAGCUCCGAGCCGCAUUCCUGCGAUGAAGAAAUGCCACAGAGGAAAAAGAACGACACAGCAAGCAAAGGCACCGGAGCAUCUACUACUGCUGGAGAAUCUACUGCAUCAGCGCCUAUGACGGACGAGGCACGAAGGAAAGGUCAUCCAGGCCCGCCAUUCGGAGGAGUGACUGCAGGAGCUAGUGGUGGAGGACCUGCUGAUAAGCAGCCGUUCACUGAUCCUCAAGGCGCUAACCCGUUUGAUGAGCCAGCGAAGGAGCAGUCUCCCCCGCCCACCAGCCCAGGAAGAAACGCUGCUCUUGUGAACACAUGGCUCCCUGAUGCUCAGUAUGUGGACUGUCAUGAUGUGGGCGUGGGGAAUGAGAGAGUUGAUUCUGCUGACGUCAUUGGGCUUUACUUCUCUGCUCAGUGGUGUCCCCCAUGUCGAAGAUUCCUUCCAAAAUUAUUAGAGUUCUACACUUCAUUAAAGAAGAACAACAAAUCUUUUGAAAUGAUUUAUAUCUCAAACGACAACUCUAGAACAGAGAUGAUACAGUACAUGGCUGAGCAGCAGAUGCCUUGGGUUGCCAUACCUCACGGUCACCCUCUAAUUGACAAACUCAAGCUAGACUUUAAAGUUCGUAGUAUUCCUCUUCUUGUAAUUGUUUCUGCUUCCGGAGAAACUUUGGACGACAAUGCUAAGAAGGCAGUUGAGGGCACUCAUGUUGCUGCCUCCUCUACUAUCAAGCAAUACAACAAGUGGCUAGAGAAAGCUGGUAAAUCAGCAGAUGAUGAGGACAGGCAGAAGACUGGAGGAGGAGGGAUACUAGGCUCCAUUAAGAAAGCUUUGGGUGGCAAGGACGAUGAGAUACCUCCUACAUCUCCCUCUACUGAAACUCAGCAUUUGAGAGAAGCAGCUGAAAGCAAAAGUCACAAGACCACGGUUAAUGAGAAGCACAACAAGGAGGAACUACUCCGGCAGCUCCAACAAAAAGAAGACAUUAUUCGUCACCUUGAAGAAGUAAAUCAAUCCCUCAAGAUCACCAACGAUGAGCUCAACACUGAAGUACGAACACUCAAGACUGGACUGGAACAAAGCGAAGCUAAGGUGAAAGUACUUGAGGCUUCCACUGCCCAAAAGAAACAAGAAGACGAGAAGCUUCGUGAGCAUCUCAAGGUUCAAGGGUGGUUGUUUAAGAAAGGCGCCAAGGGACCAACGGCUAACGUUUUUAGGAGGAGAUACUUUCGUUUGGAUCAAGGGAGUAGACUUUACUAUUACAAGAGCCAAUCUGAAGGAACACCACAAGGUUUUAUUGAUCUAGCAAAGGUUAUUGAGGUAUCUGCAGCUGAUGCAUCGAAACAAGAUAAGAACAACGGGACCUUUAACAUUAACUGUGAAGGAAGAGUGUUUGAACUGUUGGCACAUGAUGAGGCAGAAAUGAACAAGUGGAUCAGUGCCAUUACUUACUUAGCCAAAUACUUCAAGGAGAAAGGUGCUUCGCCAAAUUAAAGUGCAACAGAAAAAAUGAUAACUUAUUAUAUAUAUAUAUAUAUAUGUAUAACCAGACAUAGUUUCAAGUGUUGUCGUUGCUUUUUUAAAAUUGUAUUAGUCUCA